AUGCUACUUCUCUGUGCGGCGAAAGCCCCGAAGAACUCAAUUGUGCUACGUUAUAUUCCAGAUACUGCGAAGCACAAGACAGGCAAGCGGUGCUCGGACGACUUCGACUGCGUGCAAGUCUUGGGCCAAGUGUGCAACAUCGAGAAGCAAGGCUCGACAGGAACCUGUCAGUGCCCCGACAGCACACCUGUUCGUGUAGUGGAGCACGACCAGCCAAGAUGUGUCUCUGCUCGCCUGAUCUUUGAAGACUGCGCGGACACCGCCGAAUGUGCGUUCCUCAACCCUUAUGUGGAAUGUGUGAACCAGAUCUGCACCUGCUCGCCACCGAACGUUAUGAAAAGGAAGGACCUGUGCAUCCCAGAUUCAGCAUCCAAUACUACGGCCAACGGCAUCCAGACGGCCAACGUGUUUGCCAUGCUUCUCAUGAGCAUCGGAGCUAUCGCAGGCUUUGCAGCUCUUGUAGCCAGGAUCAUAAUUGUCAGAGAAGGCCGACACCAAGAUAGCGACGAAGGACCACAUGGUCGUUAUCGAUGGCGACAUCACGCGGAUGAUCCUCCGAUGGUCCUGUUAAGCAAAGGCAUCAAGCGCAUUUUCAAUGACUGCAAAGAUAAGAUACAAGAUAUGGUACUUCGAAAGCCCGUUGCUCUCUCCGCAGAUGCAAAGUCUAAUCAAAAUCCGGCCUACCAGGCCUACCAGAACCUCCCAUGA